AUGGGGGAACUUUUCAGGAGUGAAGAGAUGACACUGGCACAGCUUUUUCUCCAGUCUGAAGCUGCCUACUGUUGUGUCAGUGAACUGGGCGAGCUGGGAAAAGUGCAGUUCCGAGAUUUGAAUCCUGAUGUCAAUGUUUUCCAAAGGAAAUUUGUCAAUGAGGUUAGAAGAUGCGAAGAAAUGGAUCGAAAAUUACGGUUUGUGGAGAAAGAGAUAAAGAAGGCAAAUAUCCCCAUUCUUGACACUGGUGAGAACCCAGAAGUACCCUUUCCAAGGGACAUGAUUGACCUUGAGGCCAAUUUUGAGAAGAUUGAGAAUGAGCUGAAAGAGAUUAAUACAAAUCAAGAGGCGCUGAAGAGAAAUUUCCUGGAGCUGACGGAGUUGAAAUACAUUCUGCGCAAAACUCAGCAGUUUUUUUUGAUGAGAUGGCGGAUCCUGACCUGCUUGAAGAGUCGUCAUCUCUCCUGGAGCCCAGUGAGAUGGGAAGAGGAGCCCCGCUGAGACUAGGUUUUGUUGCUGGAGUCAUUAACCGAGAGCGGAUCCCCACUUUUGAGAGGAUGUUAUGGCGCGUUUGCCGUGGCAAUGUGUUCCUUCGACAGGCAGAGAUUGAAAACCCAUUGGAAGACCCAGUGACGGGUGACAGCGUUCACAAAUCUGUUUUCAUCAUAUUCUUCCAAGGAGAUCAGCUGAAGAACAGAGUGAAGAAGAUCUGUGAGGGGUUCCGUGCUUCUCUCUAUCCUUGUCCAGAGACCCCUCAGGAGCGCAAAGAAAUGGCUGCUGGAGUAAACACAAGAAUUGAUGAUCUGCAAAUGGUUCUCAAUCAAACAGAAGACCAUCGCCAGCGUGUCCUCCAGGCUGCAGCAAAAACAAUUCGAGUAUGGUUCAUCAAAGUACGGAAAAUGAAAGCUAUUUACCAUACUUUGAAUCUCUGUAAUAUUGAUGUCACACAGAAGUGUCUGAUCGCAGAAGUAUGGUGCCCAGUGGCCGAUUUUGGAUUCCAUUCAGUUCGCUCUUCGGAGAGGGACCGAACACAGUGGAUCAACUGUCCCUUCCAUCCUCAAUAGGAUGCAAACAAAUCAGACCCCACCAACCUACAAUAAGACAAACAAGUUCACAUAUGGCUUCCAAAUCUGGUAGAUGCCUAUGGUAUUAGCAGUUACCGUGAAAUAAACCCAGCUCCAUAUACAAUUAUUACUUUCCCAUUCUUGUUCGCUGUAAUGUUUGGUGACUUUGGCCAUGGCACAUUGAUGACACUGUUUGCAGUAUGGAUGGUCGUGAGGGAAAGUCGAAUUCUGUCCCAAAAAUCUGACAAUGAACUCUUUAACAUGGUGUUCAGUGGUAGAUAUAUCAUUCUGCUGAUGGGCCUGUUCUCUGUCUACACCGGCCUGAUUUACAAUGACUGCUUCUCCAAGGCUCUGAAUAUGUUUGGUUCUUCCUGGAGUGUUAGACCAAUGUUCACCAGCCCAAAGGCAAACUGGACAGAAGAGCUUCUCAAGAAUGCACCAGUUCUACAGCUGGAUCCAAAUGUAAAUGGAGUGUUUAAUGGCCCAUAUCCUUUUGGUAUUGACCCGAUUUGGAGCAUUGCAACCAACAAGCUUACUUUCUUAAAUUCCUUCAAGAUGAAAAUGUCGGUUGUCCUGGGUGUCAUACAUAUGCUUUUUGGGGUCACUCUCAGCCUACUAAACCAUAUAUACUUUAAGAAGCCAUUCAACAUUUACUUGGGAUUUAUCCCAGAAAUGAUCUUCAUGGCGUCUCUGUUUGGAUACCUAGUCAUACUCAUCCUGUACAAGUGGUGUGCUUAUGAUGCCUCAACAUCCAAGAUAGCACCCAGCCUUCUUAUUCAUUUCAUCAACAUGUUCCUCUUCAGCUACAAUAGUGAUAAUGAUAACAAAAACAAUAUUCCUAUGCUGUAUAGUGGACAGAAAGGACUUCAGUGUUUCUUGGUUGUUUGUGCUAUGCUCUGCGUGCCGUGGAUGCUGGUCUUAAAACCUUUUAUGCUACGCCAACAGUACUUAAGGAGGAAACAUUUGGGUACGCAUAACUUUGGAGGUAUCCGCGUUGGUAACGGGCCCACAGAAGAAGAUGCCGAAAUUAUUCAGCACGACCAGCUGUCCAUGCACUCAGAAGAAGGCGAAGAGCCUGCCGUGGAGGAAGUGUUUAAUUUUGGAGAUGUUGUGGUCCACCAGGCCAUUCAUACAAUUGAAUAUUGUUUGGGGUGCAUUUCCAACACCGCUUCUUAUCUUCGACUUUGGGCCUUGAGUUUGGCCCAUGCUCAGCUCUCUGAGGUCCUCUGGACUAUGGUGAUGCAUGUGGGCCUACAUGUAAAAAGCAUAGGUGGAGGCAUUCUCCUGGUACUGGUGUUUGCAGCAUUCUCUGCACUGACUAUUGCCAUCCUGCUUAUCAUGGAGGGACUGUCCGCUUUCCUGCAUGCCCUCCGUCUCCACUGGGUGGAAUUUCAGAAUAAAUUCUACAUUGGAACAGGCUUCAAAUUCUUGCCAUUUUCAUUUGAGAGCAUUCGAGAGGGCAAAUUUGACGACUAA